AUGUAUUUAACCAGAAAAUCGAUUAUGCUCCUGCGGAAGUAUCUACUCGUUACGGAAUCUCAGGUGUCAAAGUGUGGAUUUCAUAUAGUCAAAAAAAAGGGGGACGUGCUAUAUCCGAAACGUACGAAAUAUAGUAAAUAUCGUAAAGGCAGAUGUAGUAGGGGUUGCAAACCGGAUGGUACAAAACUGGGUUUUGGAAGAUAUGGCACUAAAAGUUGUAAAGCUGGUCGUCUUUCAUAUCGAGCCAUUGAAGCAGCGCGUCGGGCUAUAAUCGGACACUUCCAUCGUGCUAUGAGCGGACAAUUCCGAAGAAAUGGUAAGAUAUGGGUAAGAGUUUUCGCGGAUCUCCCUAUUACCGGGAAACCUACAGAAGUAAGAAUGGGAAGAGGAAAAGGAAAUCCUACGGGUUGGAUUGCUCGUGUGUCCACGGGACAAAUCCCAUUUGAAAUGGAUGGUGUGAGUUUGGCAAAUGCUCGACAAGCCGCUACAUUAGCGGCUCAUAAACCAUGUUCGUCAACCAAGUUUGUUCAGUGGUCGUAA